AUGUCCUCAGUAAGGAUUAUCCUUAAUUUCCUAUCUGGAUUUGGAGUCCUGGCCAAUAUAUUUCUCCUUGUUUUCUACACUUUCAUAAUUCUGUGUCACAGACCUAAGCCCACGGACAUGAUCUCAUGUCAACUGACCUUCAUCCACAUAGUGCUGCUCAUCACUGGACCGGAUAUUUGGCUUUGGGACAUAUUUGAGUCACUAAACAUUGAUAAUGACUUCAAAUGUAAGACAACUUUUUAUAUAAAUAGAAUGAUGAGAAGCCUCUCCAUCUGUAUCACCUGCCUCCUGGGUGUGUUCCAAGCUGUCACUAUCAGUCCCAGUUCCUCUUUGUUGAACAAAUUUAAAUAUAAACUUAAAAAGUACAUGAUUUCUGCUUUCUUAUUUAUUUGGUCUUUCAACUUGCCAUUCACCUGUCACCGAAUAAUCUAUUCUGGUGCUUUUACCAAUGUGAGUGAAACCAAACAGAUGAAGGCCACCAAAUUCUGCUCACUCUUUUCCAUGAACCACAUCAUCAGGGCACUGAUUUUAACAGUGGCAACCUCCAGAGAUGUAUUUCUUGUAGGACUUAUGCUGGCAACUAGUGCAUACAUGGUGAUUAUUUUGUUCAGACAUAAGAGGCAACAUAAGCAUCUUCACAGCCUCAGCCACCUGAAAGCAUCUCCUGAGAAAAGGGCCACCCAGACCAUCUUGCUGCUGGUGGUUUUCUUUGUGGUCAUGUACUGGGUGGACUUCAUUAUCUCAUUCACUGCAAUUUUGUUACGGAUGUACGACCCAGUCAUCCUGAGUAUUCAGAAGUUUGUGAUGAAUGUCUAUCCCACAAUUACUCCUUUGAUACAAAUCAGUUCUGACAACAGAAUAAUUAAUAUGCUGAAACACAUGCAGUCUUUGUGCCACCAUAUUUUCAAAUGGAGAUAA